UCGGAAGAAGUCGUGACAGAAAAUAUCGACAGCAGUGCCAUCUAUUUUCUCUCAUAUUAUUUGGAGGUCAGAAGUUAAAAUGGCGGCGAACAUAGUAGCGUUGACGAGGUUGAGUGCAGUUAGGUGUCUUGGUUUAAGAAAUUGUAGUUAUAGUGCUACAAGAGUCAAUUUAAAAAUAGGAAAGGAUACUAAAUUAAUAUGUCAAGGUUUCACUGGAAAACAAGGAACAUUUCACAGUAAACAGUCUCUUGAAUAUGGGACACAAUUUGUAGGAGGAGUUUCUCCAGGUAAAGGUGGACAAACACAUUUAGGUCUUCCUGUUUUUAAUUCUGUAAAAGAGGCAGUUGAUCAAGUUGGAGCUACUGCAACAGUUAUAUAUGUUCCUGCACCUGGUGCUGCCAAAGCUGUUUUAGAAGCUAUGGAAGCAGAAGUGCCAUUGAUAGUUUGUAUAACAGAAGGUAUACCACAGCAAGAUAUGGUUAGAGUCAAGUAUGCUUUAACUCGACAAAACAAAUCUCGUUUAAUUGGGCCAAAUUGUCCAGGCAUUAUUAAGCCUGAAGAGUGCAAGAUUGGCAUUAUGCCAGGACAUAUUCAUCAGGCAGGUAAAAUAGGAAUAGUAUCAAGAUCAGGAACAUUAACAUAUGAAGCAGUACAUCAGACUACAGCAGUGGGAUUAGGGCAGUCACUUUGCAUUGGUAUUGGCGGAGAUCCUUUUAAUGGAACUGAUUUUAUUGAUUGCUUAGAAAUAUUUCUCAAUGAUCCUGAUACUAAAGGAAUAAUAUUAAUUGGAGAAAUAGGUGGAGUUGCUGAAGAAAGGGCUGCAGAAUAUUUAAAAGAACAUAAUAUGGGUGCUAGUGCCAAGCCUGUGAUUUCAUUUAUUGCAGGUCUGACAGCUCCUCCAGGUAGAAGAAUGGGACAUGCUGGUGCAAUAAUAUCAGGUGGUAAAGGCGGUGCCUUGGAAAAAAUUCAAGCUUUAAAGUCUUCAGGAGUUAUAGUAACACAAUCUCCUGCCCAAAUGGGUUCAACAAUGUUGCAAGAAAUGCAAAAACGUGGACUGGCUUAGCAGUGGGAUGAACAGACUGAUUCUCGGUCAACAAGAUAAGUUUUGUUCCAUGUUCCCGACAUUGUAGAGAAUAGGUUGCUUUUGUCUGAAAAUUUAGUAGGUCUCAAUAUGCAUCAUAAAUUUUGUCAUAAAAUAAAUAUACAAAAGCUGGAUUAUUCAGCAUUCUGUUAUGUUCAUUCGAUCAUUAAAUGCUCUAUUUUUGGUAAUAGAUUGAUCAUAGACUAGUUCUAUUCCAAGAGAUUGCCAGUUAUAGUAUUGUUUUUGUUAGGAUUUAAGUUUGUAACAAUGCAGUCAAGUUUAAAUGGCCUAAUCAUUUGCCAUAUCUAUGAAACUCAAACUUUAGUGAUUUGAAGGGUCUCAACUUGAUAUUUUCUAUAAAUGAGUUUGUUGAAUGAAAUGACGUGUCUCAUUUUGGAAAAGUUGUUCCUAUAGUAAAAUUAUGAAAAUAUAAUUUAAGUUUGAAAAAAUUGAUACUUUGUUAAUGUUAAGGCAUUUAAUCAUUGUUGCAAUUCUAAUCAUGUUUAUAAGUUGUUAUAAAAUAGACAGAAAAAUAAAAUAAGCAAUUUAUUAUAAAGAACAGACUGUUUUGCAUUGUUCUGAAUGUAACAGUUUAGCCAUCAUCACAUUUAAUACUCGUGGCAAUAUUUGUAUCAUUAGGUUUAUAAACUGUAGAUUAUUAAUGUGAAUAAAAUGUUCUCAGUUUUUUUGAA